UUCAGAUACAGUAUAUGUUUCGUAUAAUCAUUAUAGGAGGAUAAGACAAACUCAUUUUGGAGUAACAGUAACAGAUCACUUUCAGAAGUCUAGCUGCCGUUUCCGGUGAGAACAUUAUAUUUCUCUGACUGAAGGGAUUAUUGAGGUUUUUGGAGAUGGCCAACAUACAAAUUUACCCGACGGAUUCCGCCAACCCUACAGAGUCUGUUAUGGAUCCGCCUGUGGUCUUCACCGCCAACCCUACGGAGUCUGUUAUGGAUCCGCCCACGGUUUACACCGCUAACGAAGUCGCAAAGAACGAUCCACCCCCGUCCUACGACUCUUUGUUUGGGAAGAUUAAACAGGCUGAAGCGGAAUCUAAAGGGAAUGUGGACUUUGGGAAAAAGUGCUGCGCAAUCUGCACAGGUUCAACUCUAUUUACAAUAUUUGUAAGUUUGUUCCUUGGAGUCCCCGUAAGUAUGAUUGUAAUAGGUUCGAUAUACAUGUACGACUGUCGCGCUGAGAGAAUGAUUCCUAUCUUUUUGGUGGUGCAUGGCGUUUUUCUGUGUAUUGAUAUUUUUUAUGGCUUACGGAAAAAAUGUCUGAAAGAAGGCAAGGAAAAAGAUAAGAAAACGAAGAAAGAAAAAUCCAAAGCCAAGAAAGCGGAUGACUGUCUACAGACUCUACUUAAUUUCUUCCUUUUUAUAUGGUUCAUCUGCGGAAACAUAUUUACCUUCAACUUGGAAUGGGUUUCCUCUCCUGUCAUAGCUCCUAACUACUGUCAUCCCACGCUUUACUACUUCACCUACUGGAUCAUCAUGUCGGUGUACAUACUGUUUUGUGCCAUUUUAGCAGUCGUCGUUUUCAUAUUUUGGUUUACCAUCAUCAGCGCAGCAGGAAGUAGGAAACGAAAGGGCAGGAUCAUCACAAUGAAAUAGGCUUUGCAUAACUGAAGAGGGACUACUUUUCAUAUGGUUUCACUUACACUGCUAAAAUGAAGUUCUAAGAACGAGCAUAUGCAUGAUCAAAAAUAUGUCGUAACUUACCAGGUUACCUUCCUAAUGGAAGCUAUGCAAUUUAGAAUUGGUUUUAAAAGGCACAUGUCAUAUUUGAAGUGUUAUAGUUGUGUGACAUCUCACCUCUCACACACCCUCUAGUUGUGUGUUUAGUGACCUAAGUUAAAAAGCUACCAACAUCUGAUCGAUUACCAUUGAGAAGUCAUGUCAUGUACUUUAAACCAUUUCAAGGUCAGAAGGUAGUGAAUCAUCAAAUAUAGAAAUAGGCAUGUCAUCAGUAGAACUAGACGGAGAAGAGCAAACUACAAAAGAUUAUCUUGGUCAGCUUAAUCUCCUCUGAAAUAGGACACAGAGCUUUGGACGUCCACAAAGGAUUGGUGAGCCGAGGGGUAUUGUCAAAUUCUGCAGACUGAGCACCAGUCUAAACAAAUAAACACAAUCUUACCAUGCAGAACAAAUAUAGGCCAUAUUCAUUAACGAAGCCUUGACCACACAAAAGCUCGUACGGAAUAAACUAGUGAACAUUACGUGGACAUGACGGUAACAUUAUCGUCAUAAAGGUGUCUGUAACUGGUGUGAGGUGAGUUCCAGCAGUUCCUACUCCAACUAGGUUGCAAUAUCACAUCUACUCCAGCCUUUAAGGAUAAUGAUGUGUCUGACAAUGAUCAUCCGAUAUUUUUUGAUGGUCGGUUGCGUUCAAACCAAACUUGACGGUUUCAUUAAAUACAUAUACACGUGUAUAACCUAAAUAUAAUAUACAUAUAUGCAUUCCAUAUUUAAUUUCCUAUUUUUUAUAUCUACAACUCAUGCUGUUUUGUAUGACCAUUGAGCCGCAGGCCCUCCGAACGUCUGGGUAUAUUUGAUAUGUAUAAUAGGAACAAGCUUGUGAGUUUUAUUACAGCGUACCCAAUUUCGUCAAUUAGAAAAAAUACUUAAAUAAAGGCAUCAUUGUUAGAGCAUUC